AAAUGCUGCUCCCAUGGUUCGAGUGCUACUGGACCUGCCUCGCUGGAAACUGUCCAAGGCACGCCACUUCAGCACGUGACGUCGGCUCGGCACAUGCCCGCGCUGCAGAGGCUCGCCGCGCCGCCGCCGCCGCCGGCGGCCCCGUCCGCACGACGCAGGUCGCUGACCCUGCCACCGCCGCCACGUCUCCCACACUGCUCCUCCUCCUGGAACAGCCGGAGGCGCUCGCCGCUGCGGCCCUCGGCUACCGACGCCGGAGCGCCCCGCGGAGGCCCGCUCCCGGAGCCAGAGGAAGUCGACCAGCUCCUCCUCACCGCCCUCCGCGCCGCUCGCAUCCGCGACGAGGAGUCUCGCCGCUCAGAUCCUCUUUUCAUUGAUCCAUAUGCUGCCGUUCUUCUUUCACAUGAUGUGGCACAUCAUGAUAUGGGUUAUCUAGAUUCACAGGCAGUGCCUUGGCAAGAUCAUUAUAGGCUAACAACCAGAUAUAUUGAUGACAAAAUACAGAAUUUGAUCAAUAAUUCAGAAGAUAUUAGACAGAUUGUUCUGUUGACAGAUGGAAUGGACACUCGUCCGUACAGGCUGAACUGGCCAAGGUUGUCUGUUAUAUAUGAUGUGUCACCAGGAAAAGUAUUCACUGCAGCAACUCAGCAGCUCAGAGGAACUGGAGCGAAAGUGUCGCGAAAUUGUGUCUUGCUUCAUACUUCUUUGGAAUCCCAUGAUUUACAGGCGGGGUUGAGCAAAAGUGGUUUCAAUGGGAAUAGGCUCAGCUUGUGGGUACUGCAGGGUUUACCUCUGUCCACAACCACAAGUUUGGAAAAUCUCUUGUUUGUCAUAAGCAAUUUAGCAAUGAAAGGAAGUAUCUUCAUAGGAGAACUGCCCCAUUUUCCAGACUGUAAAGCACCAAUGGACAUGGGCUUGGAACAGGACAAUCUGGAAAAGCUUUUCUUUACUCAUGGCUUUCGAAUCAGCUUUGUGCAAUAUGACAAUGUUGCAAAGGGUAUUGGAUUAGAUCUAGCUACUCCAUGGGAACAAUGUGGCAGAAUGCUUUUUGUUGCAGAACAGCUGCGGCUUUCAGAUGCACAGACGGAGAGCUUCCGGAUUCAUUUUGGAAGAAUGGAGGAGGAUGCUGACGAAGAAGGGUUUGAGGAACUCUAGUUAGUUCCGUGGCAUUUGGAUUGAACGAUAAGCCUUGAUUGCAGUUUGGGCUUGUGCAGAGACCGCCGGCAUGGAUUCUGAAUAGAGCUGGUAAAUGCAAGACCAUGCUUGUACCUAAUCCGUGCCAGCUUCCUUCUUGGAACGCAGAAGAAUCAAUGGAAGUGCCUAUUGUUCAUUUUUCAUUUCACAUGUUCUGUAACGCUUUUGUAUUGUUGGAGUAAACGCGUGACUGAACUGAACCUUUUUAUCGUUCUCUUCCCUGAAUAUUUCCAAGUGACCCCACCCCAGCUGUGGCGGCCUUGUGCAUGAUAGAGUAUGGCUUUUGUAUUUGGUGCAAAAAGAACAGAAAACAUAGGCACGGCAUGUGUCGGAGCAUAUUUAUUGGAAUAUAUAUUUAUGCA